UUGUUUUUAACCCCUUCAAGAAUACGUGAUUCUCCCAUUAUCUCUCUCCCACAAACACUUGAGUUUCGGAUUCCGGAAUCGCUUAUUCACACAAUCCCCUAUUCCUACAAUCUUCUCUCUCUCUCAUCUACUCAACAGAUCAUUCGAUUUCAAUUCUGAAAAUAUCAACAACCGAAAUGAAGCUGCGCCUGUGCGAGCUCUGCAAUGCGAACGCCGCUGUCUUCUGCCCCUCCGACGCCGCAUUCCUCUGCAGGAACUGCGACGUUAAAGUCCAUGAGGCGAACUUCCUCGUGGCGCGCCACGUCCGCCGCACCGUCUGCUCCAAUUGCAGGACCUUCACCGGCGAUUUCAUCACAGGCGUAGGCGUAGGCGCAGACGCAGACUCUCUCCAUUCCUCCCUCUGUCCUUCCUGUGACGACGACGAUCUCGGAUCUCUAUCGUCCACCACUUCCCCGGCAAACAAAGUAUACUCCUCCUCCUCCUCCUCCUCGUCCGGAACGAGGAGGAAAGUGGUGAAGGCGGAGAGCGUUUUCAACAACUGGUGCGAUAAGCUAGGGAUCGAGGACAGAUCGGCUGCACGGGCGGCGUGCAGAGCGUUGAAAGCGUGCAGCGAUCGGGUGCCGUUGCGGGUGUGCUUGGCGGCGUCGAUGUGGCUAGGGCUGCGCCUCACCCUCCAAAAAACGCUACUCACAGGGAGGAUUUUGAAGCGCUUGCAGGAGAUCUCAGGCGUGCCGGCCAAGAUUAUUCUAGCCGCCGUAUCCAAAUUGGAUCGACCUCAUAACCGGCGCCGGCCUCAGCCUCAGCCUCAGCUUCAGCUGGAAGAAGGAUGGGCUGAGAGCUAGCUACCUUUUACUCUCUUUAAUUUCCGGUGGAAAUUACAAUAUUACUUUAUUUAAGCUUUCUUUUUUUUUGUUUUUGCUUCUGCAACACUAAAUCUUGAAUUAUUUAGGAUUAAUUCCAAUGAAUCCCAUCAUUUUGAUGUGCAACUAAUUACUACGAGUAUUUGUCUGGACUCAAA